GUUUCCAUUACGUUUCAAUCGUUCUAAGUGAAGGACAAGUGGACUGUGUCAAUUUUUAGUGAGAUUUUUGGUGAUAUUUUGAUACGAAAUGGUGGCGAUAGGAAUCGAUUUGGGAACCGCGUGUUCGUGUGUGGCUGUGUGGCGUGACAACUGUGUGGAAGUGAUACCAAACGAGAACGGGAACAAAAUAACACCUUCGUACGUAGCAUUCACGCCUCGCGAGCGUUUGAUUGGCGACUCCGCGAGGAACCAAGCAUCUGUCAAUGCUACUAACACGAUUUUUGGCGCGAAACGUUUGAUCGGGCGCGCUUUUGACGACGUAGGGCUGCAAAUGGAUCUCCGGCAUUUCCCUUUUUCGGUGACCAACGACAACGGUAAGCCAAAAAUCAUAGUUCAUUACAAAAGCCAAAAAAGGUUUUUUGCUCCCGAGGAAAUAAGCGCUAUGAUACUUUUCAGGAUGAAGGAGUUAGCUGAGGAGUAUCUUGAGUGUAAAGUCGACAAGGCGGUGGUGACUGUGCCUGCGUAUUUCAACGAUUCGCAGAGACAGGCUACCAGGCUUGCAGGAAAGAUAGCUGGUCUGGAAGUUAUACGAAUCAUCAAUGAACCCACCGCCGCGGCACUCGCGUAUGGUUUGAGCAAGAACUUGAAAGGAGAUCGUAAUGUGUUAGUGUACGACCUAGGUGGAGGCACUUUCGAUGUAUCGAUCUUGAACAUCGGCGAGGGUUCCGUCUACGAAGUUAAAGCGACAGCGGGGAACCCAAGACUCGGCGGCGAAGACUUCGACAACCGAAUCGUCGCAUACUUUCUCGAGGACAUCAAAAAACGGCACGGUAAGGAAGUUAAAAGCGCCCGAUCGUUAAGGAGACUUAAAUUCGCUGCCGAAAAAGCGAAAAAGUGUCUAACUUCCGCUACCGAGGCAGUGAUACAAGUCGAAACCCUUAAAGACACCAAAGAUUAUACCGGACGUGUUUCGCGCGCCUUAUUCGAGCAACUGUGCUCGGAUUUGUUCCAAGAUACGCUUAAAUAUGUUGACCAAGCAUUGAUGGAUGCUGGUAUGACAAAAAACGACAUACACGACGUUAUCCUGGUCGGUGGCAGCACUAGAAUACCAAAGAUCAAGAAGAUGCUCAGCGAAUACUUCGGUAGAAAGAGUAUUAUCAGCUCUAUUAACCCUGACGAAGCUAUCGCUUGUGGUGCAGCCAUACAAGCAGCCAUUUUGUCUGGGGAGCAAAAUAAUAAAAUUAAGGACAUGCUGUUAGUUGAUGUCGUGCCCUUAUCACUAGGACUAGAAACAGCAAGAGGGAUGAUGUUCAAAGUCAUCGAACGAAAUACCCCUAUACCCUGCCGUUAUACCAAAGAAAUGACUACCUUAGAAGACUACCAAAGCAGCAUGACUAUCGAAAUAUUCGAAGGCGAACGGACUCUGACUAAAGACAACCGUUUGCUGGGCGUUUUCGAACUUCAAAACAUACCACCAGUACCUCGAGGAGUAGCAAAAAUUGAUGUUAUUUUUGACAUAGACACCAAUGGAAUUCUAACAGCCUCCGCCCAAGAUAAAAGCACAGGGAACAGAGAGAGUAUAACCAUAGACAAUGUCUGCAGAAUGUCUCAACAGGAGAUCAGCAAGAUGAUUUCUAACGCUGAGAAGUUUAAAGAAGAAGACAGCGAGAAUAAACUUCGAUUAGAAGUCAGGAAUCAAUUGGAGACUUACAUUUAUAAUGUAAAACGAUCUGUUGUUGAGAAUUUGGAGGGAUUGACUGGUAGUGAAUGCGCAGAUAUGAUUGGAGAGUGUAAAUCUGCUAUCGCGUGGUUGGACGAGAAUCCAGAUUGCUUGAGGGAGGAGUACGAAAGGAAAAUGUCUGAAUUAUUGCGGAAUUGGUCGUCGAAUAUAAGGAAGUUAGAUAUUGCCACUCAUAUGAUUAAAAGGCAGAAAAUUGGGGAAAUGAAUAUACGGACCACAAUUGAAGAAGUAGUAUACCAUUAAAAAAAAUGAUAAAAAUUACAUAAGUAAAUGGUUUUGAACAAGAUUUUGUGGAGUGCUUAUGUGUUAUUUCAUAAAGUUGGAAUGGCAGCUGGUGAAUAGCAUCGUGGUAUCAUAAUUUAUUGAUCUUAGAUUGAGAUCAACAUCGAUUCUGAAGAAAGGAUCCUGAAGAAAAUCCUACCUGAAGAGACGCAACGGAAAGUUACCUACAAGUUACAACUUUAAAUCUUUUUGUCGUGUUUAAUUUUUUAAGU